AUGAUGAGGACAAAUGGCUAUCAAGAUAAUCACACGUUAAUGGUACCUUAUUUCUCACCCAGUGAUUUAGCACAUGUAAAAAUUUGUCCAUCAGCCAAAUGGAGUCCGAAAGGAGAGAUUGUUGCUGGCAUAAACGGUAAAGGAUCAGGACCUGACCAGUUCGAUACUCCAUAUGAUAUAUUUAUUGAUGAAUACAACAAUAUGUUCGUCGCUGAUUCAUUAAAUCAUCGAAUACAAAAAUGGCCACCUGGUUCUACGAAAGGGGCGACCGUAGGAUCUAUGGCUCGGCCUUUAGUUGGAAUACCAUAUCCAACGAAAAUAUUCGUGGAUAGCGAAGAAAGUGUUUAUGCUCUCGAUUACGGACAUGAUGAAAACAAUAAUAGCAUUGUCAAAUGGAGAAGAGGAUUAGGUAAUAAUGGUACGCUUGUCAUAAACGAAGGUAUUGCUAUCGGUGGAUUGUGUGGGGAUAUGGAUGGAAAUCUGUAUAUAUCAGACUAUGAUAAAAAUGAAAUACUAAAAUGGUCACCAGGAUCUACGAAAGGAAUACUUAUGGCUGGGGGAAAAGGAAGAGGCAAGGCACUGAUUCAAUUUGACGGUCCCCGAGAGCUUUACGUUGACGGAACGCACAACAUAUACGUAAAUGAUGAACAAAACUACCGUGUUCAGAAAUGGAGGCCAGACCAUAUAAACGCUGCCACUGUUGCAGGCGGUAUCAAAUGUUUGAACGACUUUGCCGUUGAUAUGGACGGCAAUGUCUAUACAGUAGACAGCUGCAACUCAAUAGUGCAGAAGUGGAGUCCGCACUCGAGCACACCUAUCACAGUGGUUAAUGGAGAUCCAAGCGGUAUCUACGCAAUAUCUUUCGAUACAUACGGAAAUAUGUUCCUUUGUGAAGGGAAUGAGAAUCGUAUACGAAAGUAUUCAAUUAUUUACAAUGAUUGUGUGGAUGGAAAGUGGGGACCAUGGGACGCUUGGAAUAGUUGUAAUAGCACAAAUGGUGUUGAACGACAGAGCCGAACCCGUAUUUGCAAUGGAACGAUAUGUAGCGGAAUAGCUUCAUUGAAUAUGGCAAGAAAAAACAGUUCGCAUGAAAAAGAAAUUUCAGAAAUUUUAGCUGAUUCAAACUCCGAUUAUGAUACUGAAAUUUACACUGACUCCGAUGAUUCAACAGCAGAUUCUGAUGAUUCAUUAUCAGAUUCUGAUGAAAAAGCAGAAGAACCACCACGAAAAAAGAAAAGAAGAGAAUUUCUCAACUGGAAACCUGAAAGAUUGACUCCUAAGUCAU